CAUCUCACUCUCUUCCCCUCCCUCCUCAUCACCCUCCUUUCCCCCCUCCUUCCUUUUCAGGCAGUGAAGAGUGGCCUGAAGACUACCUGUAAGUGUCACGGCGUCUCCGGUUCCUGUGCCGUGCGGACCUGCUGGAAGCAGCUGUCCCCAUUCCACGACACCGGGCGGCUGCUCAAGUUCCGCUACGACACGGCCGUGCGUGUGCUGAGUGUUACCAACGAGGCCACCGGGGAGACAGAGCUGGCGGGGCCGCGUCGCCACGGCCAGAGCCACCGGUCCACUGACCUGGUGUUCCUGGAGGACUCCCCCAGCUUCUGCAGGCCGUCACGCUACUCUCCCGGCACGGCCGGACGCUCCUGUGCCAAGGACACCAGCUGCCAGAGCCUUUGCUGCGGGCGCGGCUACAACACGGCCAUGCACCUCACCACCCUCUCCUGCCACUGUCAGGUGCGCUGGUGCUGCCAUGUAGAGUGCCAGACCUGUGUCAGGGAGGAGGAAGUGUACACCUGCAAAAAUACCUGAAAAGGGGGAGAGAGAGAGAAAGAUGGGGUGAGGAAAACGGCAACACACUGAGAGAACAUUCAAAAUGGCAGGGCUAGAACCACUCAGACAUUACUCUUGAUAAAUUGAAGGGUUUGACUUUUAAACAUACCCUUACCUGCCUGUUCUGAACUGAUAACUGUUUUGGGAAGCAUGGGAAUGGAACAAGGUCAUAAUGUUGUUGGUAGUUUGCCACUUGUUGGAAUCGAACAUGCGCUGUCUCCUCAGAGGAGGCAGUAUCAAGACCACUUUCUGCUUUGCUCUUACUGAAUGCACUGACAUCACAGACCUUAAGUGAGAAGGAGAGAGGGUUGCCUUGCUGGACAGUUAUGGGCAGGGAAUGGGCUCUUCACAAGGUACUGGAAUGAACAAGUCACCAUCAUUAUUUGGCAGCAUCAUCUCCGUGGGAGCACUGACAGCUCCAUUGGUCCUGUCCUCUUGUCGGUCUGUUCCUUAGUCAGUUUGUCUAACUGCUACUAUGCUGUAGUGCUUAUAUCAAGAUUUAGAGCAUUUCCAAAGCGCCAGAAAAUGCCAAAAAGGAAUCUAGAGCCUCUUGACUUCUGUCUCUGUCUGCCUGGAUGUCUCAUUUGCUGUUUGCUGGUCUCUUUAUUUGCUGUGAGAGCAGUCUAAGGGUUCAUUCAAUAGAAAAAUGAAGCACUUAUGUUGGCUAUGUUAUGUGUAGUACUUUACUCAUUUGCUUUAAGGUGAGAAAUGUAUCUGGGUUAAUACUGAUAUCCACCACACACCUUAAAAAGUCCCAUUGAAUCACUGGAUGUCUGAACAUGGAAUGUUAGUGCAGGUUGCCUAUAAUCAUAGCUAGUUAGUAUGUCAUUUAUGAAUAAAUGCAGUCAUAGGGUUAUUGUGUGGUAAAGUAGACCUGUUGUCUCUUGUGAGAAUGUCUAUGAUAAUACUAUAUGUUUGACAUUGUUAAUACAGAAAAGGAAACAUUCAAAGGAAAUUGCACUCAAAUAAAGGAAACUCCAAACACUGUACAUAAAAACGGCUAUGCAAAGUUCUUCUCUUGCUCACACUGUCAAGAACUUUGCUCUAUUUUUUUAUUUAUAAGUGGGCAUGUCUGCACGCACUGUGCUGUGCUUUCAAGUGUGUUCCCCUGACCAAAUCAAACCGUUUUCUCUACAGUCUAAUUCAAGCACAUCUUUGUUCUCUAAUGUCUUUGAAAUGGCCCAAUCAUGCUGCUUGUUUUCUCAAUUACCAAUCAGAGAAAAUAGCCGUAUUUGACUCCGCCAUUCCUCCAGCUCUCCAUGCCAGACCUCUGUGUCUGUCCGUGGGUUAGGGUUGAAGGUCCAGAUCUGCCCCUAGGGCUUUUACCCAUUUAUGUUUCCAAUAUUUUACAAUCGUUUCAGUUCCCUGUGCCAGUGUUUAUUUUCUUGUUUAUGCAGAGAUAUAGAGUUAUGUACAUGGAUAUAACUCAUAUCAGGCUCAAAGCAUAUUAGACAGUGGAAUCGUAUAUAUCUCUACCUCAUCAGGUCUUUGGGCAAUUAUCAUAAUGAUUUGUUUGCCUUGCAAAUACUUCCUUGUGUCUGUCAUGAAACUAAAGUCAAACUUUUAGAUCAAUGUACAAUUCCUUUAAACUUGGUCAUAGCUGUAUACUGUAACAAUAUUAUUUACAUUGUGACAUACUGUAUAUUCUUAUUUAAAAGCAAUUAAAAUAAAUCAACAUAUA